CACUGUUGAUUGCACCAGGGACUCGAGCCUGUUUUGGGAGGAGUGGAAAACAAAACCUAAUCAGGGGAAUCCCACUGCCAUGACAGGCAAGGAAGGAGUUGUGCUUUCAGAGGCUGUGAAUAAGCAGAGAGCAGCCUCACAAACCACGGGAAACCACGGGGGAUCCCAGCAGCCCCCUGCAGCCUGGAAGAUGGGCUCCACGGCGCACCGGCGCACCGGCUUUGGGAUCCAGGAGCUGCUCGGCCUCAACAAGGAGCCGCCGGCGGUGCCGAGGCGGCCGCUGGAGGCUCUGUCGCACAGGGCGCACGUCCUGGCCGCCAGGUCGGCCCUCGGCCACAGUGGGGUCGGCGUUGGCAUGGGUUUGAUAGGACCGGGAGGAAUACACUCGUUUUACAGCCAGCCGGCCUUUCUCGAGGUGCUGUCAGAGGCGCAAAAUGUUCACCUGCAGCCGCUGAACAGAGCAUCCCAGGUGGAUCAUGGACAGAUGGAUGCGCAUCACUCUGCCAGCUCCGAUUCUGAUGAUAUGAGCCUCUCGUCUAGUGAUAAGAAAUUCUCAAAAUCAUCCAUGAGCCAGAGCAAGAAAAGAAAGAAAAGACGACACAGAACCAUUUUCACCUCCUACCAGCUGGAGGAGUUGGAGAAAGCUUUCAACGAGGCUCACUAUCCGGAUGUAUAUGCCCGAGAGAUGCUCUCCAUGAAGACGGAGCUGCCAGAGGACAGGAUACAGGUUUGGUUUCAAAACCGCAGGGCCAAGUGGAGGAAGAGGGAGAAGUGCUGGGGCCGCAGCAGCGUUAUGGCAGAGUACGGCCUUUACGGAGCCAUGGUCCGCCACUCCAUCCCACUGCCAGAGUCAAUCCUCAAGUCCGCCAAGGAUGGCAUCAUGGACUCCUGUGCCCCCUGGUUACUCGGUAUGCACAAGAAGUCCAUAGAAACGACCUCGUGCCCAUCUCCUGGUAAACCCAGCAGCACCCCACCACCUCCCCAGGAGCAGGUGGCAGAGAAAGGGAUAGAGGAGGAGGAGGAGACACGGAAAAAGGACACUAAGUCACCCAUUUCUAAAGAGGAACUGAGGGAGAACAGCAUCGCCGUGCUCCGGGCGAAAGCCCAGGAGCACAGCGCUAAGAUGCUGGGUACGGUUUCAGCGGACAGACCAAACGGCCACAGAACAGAAAAAGAGGAGACUGAGGACAAACACACAACACAGAGGACAGCAGAGGUGGAGGAGACUCACUGAAAAUGGACACUCUUUUACAGACUUCAUAUGACAAGAGAAAAUGUGUGGACUGGAGUUUUCAUUAUACAUUUCUCAGACAUAGAAGCAGCCUACUCUGGAGGCAGAAAUCUGAUUUCAUUAGCUGGAUUAAACCUGGAGAACCAUUGUUUUUCUAACUUUGUGCUGAAGUCCAGUGAAAAAGGCGGAGAGAGAGGAGGUAGAUAAUCUUAUGAAGCUGAGUGCUUUUGCAAUAGCUGGAAAAAUGCAGCUUAUAGUCAUACUAUAUAUUUUACAGAUAU